UAAACAAAGUCUGAUACGAAUAGCAGUCGAGUCCAUGAAGAUCAGCGGCAGCCUUGAUUAAAGGAAUCAUGGGGGACCAGGAAGCCCACGAAGGCGCGCCGCCGGGCUGCUGCAUCAGGAGGUGCAGGAACUCGACGCUUUUGGCCGACGCCGUGGCCUUCGCCUUCCCUGAUGAGGCCGAGAGAAGAGGUUUGUGGAUGAAGCUUUUGAGAGAACAUAUGGUUUCAAGUAACACCAAAGUGGAACCAAGGAUCUGUUCUGACCAUUUUCGCUCGAGUGACAUAGUGAGGACAACCCCCAAGCCAGAACUGUCUGCCGAGGCUCUUCCACAUAUCCAGGGCAGUGACAAGACAGAAGAUGAACUGGGUGGAAGUGAUGAGGUUGCUGAGGAGCCAGAGGAAGAGGAGUCAGGAAGAACACCAAGAGUGAAAGUUGAGGCUUUAGAUUGUCUCCGGCCUCAGGGUGAACUGCAGCAACUCCAUCUUGAGUCGGCUGAGAGUGUAGAUCAUAUGUCUGUUCUACCAGUUAAAAUGGAAAUACAUAGUGAAGUAAGAGAAGAAAAUGUUGACAUGACAAGUUCCAGCAAAGUCAAAGAAUCUCAGAACAGCUCAAAGGAGACAGAGAAGGAAUUAAACAGUUCCAGAAAAGUUAAGAUUACCAUUAGUCCAGACAAGAUAGAUAAAUUUCUUAAGGAAAAAAAGCUAUUGAAACUUCCCAGUGGUGCAUACAGUGUGAUGGAAGAUGUAUUAAAAGAAAUUGAAAGCUGUUCAAGUGAAGGCAAGCAAGAACUUAGUCAGGGAAACUCAAAGUCAGGUAGUGAUGCCGCAGUUCCAACUGUGGCAUUUAAGAGAAAGCGAGGUCGCCCACGGAAGGGCACCUUUGUUCCUCGCACAGUGCCAGGGAAACAGGCUGCCAAUACCAAUAACACUCAAAUUGAGGUCACUGCAGCAGGAAAAAGAAUAUUAUCAAUCAACACCAACAAUGAAGAGGCAGUCUGUGAUAGUACAGAAGCUGGAGAAGUGGAGACUGAUGGUGAAAACAAGCCUAAACGAAAAAGACGUUCGAAGGUACUUGAUGAUUAUGUGGCUGACUUUAAUACCUCCGAUGAGGAAGAAGGAGUGUUCAACAAUAGAAUGACAAAAUUCAGUGGUCGCGGGAGAGGUCGAGGAAGAGGACGCAAGAGUGCCUCCUCUGAAGUAGAUCAUCAUGACAGGGACUUUUUUUCAAGUUAUGUAGGAGUGUUCAGUAAGAAAUUCAGUCUGCAAGAGGAUAUUCCUGAAGAUGAUACAUUUGAUGUUCAGAGUGAAAGUGAGGAAGACUUUGGUAAUCCUGAAAGUUCCUCUGUCAUAAGAGGACUGAAUAUCAUGGAAGAAGGAAGUGGUCCAGGUUCAGGAUCGGAAAUGUCUCUCGGCCCAGAAGGGAAAACCAAGGUGCAGAUAGUCAAUACUGGUGAGACAUCUAUGGUAAAUGGCAAAGAAAAUCUUAUUUACCAUGUGAUAACUACCACAGGAGGCACAUCAACAGUGACACCACUAUCAGUACCCAAAGAAGUCAGCAGUGACCAGAAUGAAGAAAGUGAUGAAAUGGCAUCUACAUCGCAGACAGAAAAGGGAGGAGGGGAUGCCGCAGUGCCAGGGCAAAACUUGAAGAGAGCAGCUGCAUCAAGGACACAGAGAAUGAAGAACAAAAGGAUGGUUAGGACAUACAACCAAAAGUUGGAUGCUCUCCGUCAGCAGUACUCAAGGGCAGUGCAAGAACUGCGGAAGAGGAGGCUGUACACUCUGGCAGACUUGGUUUGUGGUGCUUCAAGGUUCUUGACUGAAGAACAACUAGUGUUCUUUACAUUGCAACUAAAAUCAGGCUGCCACAAUAUGCAAGGAGUCAGGUACAGUGUUAGAGAGAAGAUACUUGCAUUAGCUUUCUACCUGCAAAGCCCAGCCCUGUACAAGUGGCUCCGAGCAAUAUUUCACUUGCCAACAAAGUUAAUCCUGGAAAGGUGGCUAGAAGGCAUUGCAAAAAGUGAUCCUGACACAGCUAAAAGACUGAUGUACCAUGUCUAUACUAAGUAUAUUUUCAAACAGUGAUGUGACUGGAGUUGUACAAAAUUUUCAGACAGAAUAUAUUUUUUAUUUAAUGUACAGUGAAUGAUAGAAAACUGUAGUAUAUAUGUUAAUUAUAAGGAAAAUGUCCUUAGUGAAGGGGGGGAAAUUUGUGUUGCAAGAAUUGAAAUUGACCUAAAAUUUGUUUUGAUGACAUAAUAUCUGAAAAUCUACCCAUGCAAAAUUGUAGAUUCUGUGAAAUUAGAUUAAACCCCAUUAACUAUUAGCCAUCAGAUUUUUACUGGCUUAUGUGGCCUCUUUAACAAGAGUCUGUUGCAUUUGAGAGAGUGUUUUAAUUUUUAUAUUGUGUAUGUAUUAACUUAGCAGACUUAUUGCUGCAAAGUUAAGUAGAUAUCCAAAUAGGGAAGGGGAAACAUACUAAAAGGUGAAAUGAAAUGUUCAUUGUGUAUAUUCCAACUUGCUCAAAGCCUAUUUAAAUGCUGUACUACUAAAGAGGCAACAAGGUUAUGUAUAAUUAUGUGGGACUUUCUUGAAGAUCUGGUUGUACCGUUGGAUAGGCAGUGCAGGAAACCAUGACGGAUUUUUACAUUUUUGGUUUAAUAUUUAUAUGCCAAAUGAACAAAAAAAUAUAUAAGUAUAUAUGUAAAUUUUAUAAAAUUUGGUUUAAAAUUUAUAUACCAAAUGAACUAAGAAAAAGUAUACAUAUAUGUAUAUAA